UGCAGGUCAGAGAGAGCGAGCAGAUCUGCGAGUUCACACACCGGAGAGAGAGAGGAAAGUUAGCGGCAAAAUCAGCCUCUAAUACCCGGCCUGAGAGAGGCUUUCUGCGGGGAGAGGCGGUACAAUCCUCGGCAGUGUUCUGAGACUGUACGCCCCCAAUCCUCCAAUAACUGUCACUUCAUGGACUAAUAAAACUCCUGUCACUUCAAAAACUAACUAAAGUUGGACCUACUUUUGUCUGCGGAGGGAUUUACUGCACCAACAUGACUGCUGAUAAGGAGAAAAAGAGGAGCAGUUCGGAGCGUCGUAAGGAGAAGUCUCGCGACGCGGCUCGCUGCCGGAGGAGCAAAGAGACGGAGGUGUUCUACGAGCUGGCCAAUCAGCUGCCUCUCCCUCACAGCGUCAGCUCUCACCUGGACAAGGCCUCCAUCAUGAGGCUGGCCAUCAGCUUCCUGAGGACCCACAAGGUGCUGAACACAGGCUGCAGCAGCGUUAGAGACAGCGAGGAGGACGGACAGAUGGACAGUUUGUACCUGAAGUCUCUGGAGGGCUUCAUCACCGUGGUAACGUCCGACGGGGACAUGAUAUUCCUGUCGGAGAACAUCAACAAGUUCAUGGGGCUCACGCAGGUGGACAUCACUGGUCAGAGCAUCUUUGACUUCACCCACCCAUGUGACCACGAGGAGAUCAGAGAGAAUCUCAACCUGAAGACGUCCGGCAGUGGUUUCGGAAAGAAAGGCAAAGAUCUGAACACUGAGAGAGACUUCUUCAUGAGGAUGAAAUGCACCGUGACCAACAGAGGACGAACCGUCAACCUCAAGUCAGCCAGCUGGAAGGUGCUUCACUGCACGGGUCACCUGAAGAUCUACACCAGCGUUCCUCCUCGUGUUCUGUGUGGCUUCGCUGAGCCCCCGCUCACCUGUGCUGUCCUGAUGUGUGAACCCAUCGCUCACCCCUCCAACAUCGACACGCCGCUGGACAGCAAGACCUUCCUGAGCCGACACAGCAUGGACAUGAAGUUCACCUACUGCGACGACAGGGUGACAGAGUUGAUGGGAUACACUCCUGAUGAUCUGAUUGGUCGCUCAGUCUACGACUUGUAUCACGCCUUGGACUCAGACGGCGUCACCAAGAGUCACAACAACCUGUGCUCUAAGGGGCAGGCGGUCAGCGGUCAGUAUCGAAUGCUGGCGAAGAACGGAGGCUACGUGUGGGUGGAGACGCAGGGAACCGUUAUUUACAACAGCCGUAACUCCCAACCUCAGUGCAUCGUCUGCAUCAACUACGUCCUCAGUGACAUCGAGGAGAAGUCGAUGAUUUUGUCUCUGAAGCAGACCGAGCCACUGUUUAAGCCGCAACACAUGAGCAGCUUCUUCACCGCGGGGGGUGCAGGAGUGAGUGGAGAGCCCGGUGACUCUCUGUUCAACAAACUGAAGGAGGAGCCGGAGGAGCUGGCCCAGCUGGCGCCAACACCCGGAGACACCAUCGUCACCCUGGACUUUGAUUGCCCUGUGUUCGAGGAGCCUCCGCAGCCUGGAGGAUACACCCAGGUGUCGGCUGCAGCUAUGUCCCCUCCUGGACCUCCUUCCUGGGCCAUCGAGAGCCACAAGCUCUCCCGCCCGGUACCACUUCCAAGAGAAAUGUCCAACAUGGUGGGACCGUUCACCCUUCAUCAGAAUCCUCCGCCAAGCAGCAACACCCCCAGCCUGAGCAGCUGCUCCACGCCCAGCAGUCCAGGAGAUUACUACACCUCCCUGGAGAGUGACCUGAAGGUGGAGCUGACGAAGAAACUGUCUGCUCUGGAGACAGAGGGCAGCGACAGCCCUGCAAACACUGAGGUGCCUAGGGACCUGAGUGAUUUGGACCUGGAGACGUUGGCUCCGUACAUCCCGAUGGACGGCGAGGACUUCCAGCUGCACCCCAUCAUCCCCGAAUCUGAUUCCAUGGAGGGGGGGUCCAACAUCCUGCAUCCCACCAAACCCAUCAAACCCAGUUUCAGCAACAUCGCCAGCCUCUUUCAGCCUCUUUCCUCCCCCCAAAACCCACCGGGAAACUUCCAGCAUCAGGCCGCAUUAUCCUGGGCUCCAGAGGGGGAAAGGGGCUCCAGAAUAGGAGGGUCUUACAUGAAUAAUCCCUCCUAUCAGGCUCCAGCCACUACCAGCACCCCUCUGUCCUCCAUGGGGGGCAUGCAGAAUCUGCAGUGGCCCCCAGACCCUCUGUUAACCUACCAACAACAACAACAGACGCCCAAGGUCUACCUGAGGGAGCCUUUGUUGAGAGAGGAGAGGCCAUCAUGCCAGCAGAACAUGUCUCACCUGAUGCAGAAACAGAGGUCCGUUGAUAACUUUGUGCAGGCCUACAGAGACAUGAGUCCAGCCAGAGUGGCCAUGGCCAACAGCAUCAAGCGCUCCUUCAAUCAGAUGGCUGUGGGCGAGGGUCCUACGUCAGACUGCAUGUGGAAGAGAAUGAGGAGUGACAGCAACAUGGAUCGCUCCCUCAGUGCAGGAUCACUGGAAGCGUCAGACAUGGAGAUGAUGUCUUCACGUCUGCAGCAACACAGGAAGUCUCAGUUUCCAGGAAACGAGAAACUCUUUUCCCAAAAGAGCUGCAACUUCACACCGUACAACCUGCAGCCUUCCAGCAAGAGCCAGGGGAUUGCAAGCCGUCUGCUGGGCCCUUCCUUCGAGGCGUCUUGCCUGCCGGAACUGACCCGUUACGACUGUGAGGUGAACGUCCCUCUGCAGGGGAACCUGUACCUGCUGCAGGGCUGCGACCUGCUCAGAGCCCUGGACCAAUCAGCCUAGAGAUUAAACAACAUAGACUUAAAGCCUUCUGAGGCUAAGCUACCUACAGGGGACGGUAUUCAUUACCCUGACUCAUUAUAGGGCUCAAUCUGUCCCUCUAUAGUCCUGCAACAUCUUAAACAAGCUGAGAUAUCAGGGUCAAGCCACUUAAAGCCCCUUUUUCCUCUUGACUUAAAUCAGAUGAAACACAAAAGCAUUGAGCCGACCACCUAGACUACAAACACACAUAGGAUAUAUAACCAGGGUCACUCGGUGAACAAAUAUCAAGAAAAUAUCUCACAGAGUAAAUGUGAUGAAUCUCUCUCUGACACCCUGAUGGUUCUAUGUGUUCAGAAACUCUGGCUUUUGGUGUAAAAUGGGUAAAAGUGGCAGGUCUGCACCUAACCCUAAACCCUAAAUACCACCAGCUGUUUCCUGCUAAGGCUCAGUGAGACCCUGAUAUGAACUCUAUGCAGCUCAUUUCCUUUCUCUUUCCCUGCAUUUAGCUCAGAGGAGAAGUACUAUAGACACUGUGUUCUUUCACUUUGUGUAUUUGACCAGCAAUUAGACAGAGCCUUUCCAGCAAUUAGACAGAGCCGCUCUUUCCCCUAGUCCCAGUCAAAGUCUCAAUCGGGAGUUGUUAAAUGGUUCUUAACUGUAGCCAUCUUUUUAAAAUUUGUAAUGAUAAUUUUACAAUGCAUGCUCUUUGAUUAUGCAGAUUAACCCCCCCCCCCCCUAUAACAAAUAAAUAAGAUGGUUGAUAAAAGACACAACUUCCAAAUCACACGACGAGAUUUCAGAACGUCGAAACUCAAGAAAAGACUUGAAAAAAUAAAUAUAUUUCAGUUUUAUUUCAUUUUCCAAAGAGAAACUGAUAAUUAGAAUCUAUAAGAAGAAUAUAAAUGAGACCUAAAUCUGCACAAUCCUUUUCCACAAAUACAAAACUACUCAUUAUAAUUUUAUUAACAGAGUAUGAUUCAGACAAAGUACUUCUGUUUGGGUCAAUUUAAAAUAAAUAUGAAUUGUUAUUUAGGUAUUCAAAUGAGUCUAUUUCUCCGUCGUUGAACCGAGAAAUUUGAUCAGAUUCACCGACAUUUAAAUGGACUGUUUAGUUUCUCCUCAUUUAUUUUGUUAUAUUUUCACUCUGCCUACCAGAUUCCUUUAUUGUGUUGGUGUCUCUCUCACAGACACACUAAUAAACAUAUAUUGCAAUACAUGUACUCUACUGUAAGUUGAAUACGUUUUAUGUUUCUAUCUUCUCUUCUUCUAAAACGUCUUUCACUUUUUCCACAGUCAGGUCAUGGAUUACAGGGUUAUUUUUCUCUUAUUGUGCAAUUAUUUCACUGAGAUAGUCAGUAUCAUAGCUUUUAUAGCCUUUUACACAAUUCUGAUUGCUUGUUGUUAGACUUACACUAUACAAGAAAAAGUACAUUUAAAGACUAUCUUAGGGGCAGCGCUGAGGAUAAAAGAGGAUGCAAUCUUUUUUUUUUGCUCUAUUUUUUGCCAUUAAUAGACCAUCAGUGUUUUAGGCUACCUAACUAUAGAUCAAGUUUAGUUUCGCUUGUUUCGUCGUGUUAGUUUAACUUGCAAAAAACAUAUAUUUCUCUUAAAGUUACCCUCUCUGUAACGCUGUUUAAAUGCAACUUGAUUAGACAAGUCUGCCGUGCAUUGCCUGAUUCAUUCAAUUUAAUUGAUCAAUCUAAAGAUAUUGCACACUGUAUAGCUGCAGCUUUGUUGGAUUACUUGAAUUCAGGAAAUAUAACAAACAUAGUGAACACUUUAAAUUAUGUUGUUGAUAAUUCCCAGAGGAAUUAAAAUCCGACCAUCAGUCCAAAAGCCAAAGAUAUUAAUUUAAAGAAAAAUUCCAAACAACAGCGACAAUGUUAGCUGUAAUGUAAAGAAUGUGAGAUUUGCACUAAAUGUGCUAAAAGUCAAUGAUCUGCCACUUUAAGAUUCCUUAAAGGGGAUAUAGAUGAGGCUCCACCAACUUUCCGUUGAAAACAAAGAGUUGGUGCCAAGCUGAAAAUAUAGUUUAUCGUGCCUAAAAGCUGCUUCGUCGUGUAUUGCACAUUAAACAACAGAAAUUAUCUAGAAUUUAGAUUUUUUUAUACUUUCACUUCGCAAAAAAAGGCAGUAUAUCACAGUUAGUAAUGAUGCUAACGAUGCUCACGUCAACGUAAAAACUCAAUGUACUGUAGUGACUGUAGACGCUGCAUUAAAAUAUUAAUGACUGACAAGCCAAGGACAUCUCAAUGUAAUUAUUAGCAACUCGUCCAUCAUUAGAUUGAAAGGAAAUCUAUCCCUUAUAUAUAUUUUAAUGUCACCGUAUCUUCACCGAUCAUCGAUGAAAAAAUGCACAGUAUUCUUAAUAUUUGGAUAUGAUUGUUGUAAAACCUCAGAAUCUGCAUUUACCGCCAGUAAUAUCAACAAUGGAACACAAAAAGGGGCGGGGCCAUUAUGUAGAGGGAAAGUACUUGAGCCAAUCAGAGGGGUCGAUCCAAAAAAAGAAGUCCUACUUGAAUUAAAAAAGCCACUUUAACUUUUGAUGAAUUAGGGCAGUGGAGGUCGCUCCAUCCCAAAAAACUAGAUAGUGUUUAGUAAAUAAUUGAGUCAUUUAUGUGUUCAUUAGCCUUAGUUUCAUUGCAGCCUUUAAAAAGCGACUUGAAAGUGUGUGUUUUAAACUUCAUGAUUAGGAAAAAGGCCAGUGUUUCUUGUAAUCCACGACACAAAGUAGCUGCCAAUAUCAGAAAGCUUUGAGAAUAUCACUCUGCGAACUAGAAGCUGAAAUGAUAUAUCUUUGAAUAUAUAAUCUCCUCCGCAGUAUGCCAUCAGUGAAAACACUUCUCUGUUUCCUUUCAGUAUUUUUCCUAAAUCUCGCUCUACUUUCUGGAGGGUAAUCGUCUUCUUGUGAUGACCACUUAAGAGUAUGAAUUACAGAGCUUUGUUCACGUUACGUAUUUAAAGAGACAAAACUAAUGUUGAAGAUAGUGUUUUUUAGUGUUUAUGUGUUCUGGUACUUUGUCCUUAUCUACCCUGUAGAUGCCGAUGGAUCAGAUCCUUCAGUGCUGUUUCUGUGUUCGUGGCAUUUUGUUUUAUCCUCUAUCUCUCAAAUAUCUAUUGAAUCUGUUGGUUGGGCAGUUCUGUUUUUGUUCUUGCUUUAAGACAUAAAAAAAAAAAAAAAAAGUUCAGAUUUAAACAUGAGUUUCACUUUUUCAGAUAUGUAGCAUUUUGAAUAUUGUAAAGAGGGUGAAGUUGCUUUAUGAAUAAUCACAUAGUUGCAUAUAUAAAAGCAAUGUUGCUUCAUAUACCAUGUAUGUGUCAUUUCUAGGACCUGUAUUACAUAUCUUGGAUCCAGUAACACUAUAUUUUGAUGUUGUAUGUUGUGCUGACAUUUUCUUUAAAGUUGGUUUUAAUCUGUAAAAUGUGCCUUAUGGUUGUCUCAAAACAUGCCCGAUUUGCCCUUCGAGCGCACAGUUUGUUCCCUUAACCUGUUGAUAACUUCUUCCUAUUCCAAUAUAAAAUAAAAUCCUAACUUGACAUUGUAUCUAGCAAUUAUAUGAAGUACAAAUACAGAAACAGAUUUGCUUUUGUUGGCCUUUUGCACAAUGGGGAUACAAUGUCAUAAUUGGGAUGAUUUCACGAUAACCCCCUUAACUUUCAAAGACAAUAGCUCCUUUAUUCUAGUCUGAGAACAUCCAACAAUAGCCAUGUUUAGAUGCAAGUAGAACCCUUUUAGAACCCGUUGUAGAUCCCCUGGUGAUGACGAGUCAAAAUUAGUGAAAGGUUUCAGAGGGAAUGGAUUCCCCAGCUCAUCGAAAGACCUGACAGUCUGUUUGGUGACGAAGCUGAUCGAGGGUUUUUCAGAUUAGUUGAAAAAAAAAAAAGAUUUGACUGUAGUUUAAAAAGUUCUCUUGGGAGAGUCAAAGGUCAAAAAGUGCCCUGCAUGAGUGCUUAAUAAUGCACAUGAGCACAAAAGCUUUAUUCCAUGGACGUAUAAAGAGAACUGGAUUCAGGGUUUGAGGCGGGUAGUUGAGUUUUGCUUGAGUCCUGCCUCCAUUCACUAAACCCCGCCUCCAUUCACUAAACCCCGCCUCCACUUCGGCACAUUUUUUAGCACUUUACAACUUUUAGACCCUUUAAAUAAGGGUUACAAAAUAAUUCGUACUGGGUUGUUGAUUUGGCUAGGGGGAAAAAAGUAUAUGCUGAUUUAAAGACGUCCCUUUCCUAAUGUAAGUCAAUGGGGGAACGUUUUUUUUGACCCAAUGACAUCAUGGACUUUAACCUAAGUGUAGUACCGCCGUUUGGCCACUACAAAAAUGUGCGUAUACGUCAAGCGUACUUUCUGGGUGCUUGCUUCAUUCAUGUUUUUGUCCAUUAUCAUAUUAUUUGGCCCUUUUUCAAUUGCUAAAAUCAUUAGAGCACGAUAAUCUGGAAGUUAAGACUUAAAAUCCUAUCAUAACUUCUGAAAAAUUCAAAUAUUUGACGAUCCACAUUCUGGAAGAGUUCACAGUGAAGACGCCAGCUCAGGCACAUGGUGUUUAUUUGGAUUGCAGAUUAAUAUUUCUUCGGGCAGUGGGUGUGGACACAGUUUGGACAGUUAUAGGAGAUAUGAUAAAGAUUGAUGUUGAGUGAAACGUAGAAAGAGAGAUACUGCUCAGCCUGCCCACUGACGCAUAUCUCUCAACUCCUACUCUCGACAUACAACUCAUCAGUUUCCACUCUCACUCCCCUUUUACCUCCUGAUAUAUCAGCAAAUUACUUUAUAUAAGAGCACGUUUUUAUUAUUGCUCAAAUUGAAAGUUCGUCCCAAGCCGAAACACGGACCAAAUUACUUUUUGUAGGAUUAUGUAAAGCAAGUCUAUGUCUGAUCAAACGUUGAUUUUCCAGAAAAGCCUCCUACAGCUUUUCCCAAAGCAAGUCCUUAUUAUUAUAAUUGCAGAUUUAAUGUAAGAUAUUAAAACUGUCCCAAUCUGUACCAUGUACUACGUUCUUUAUUGGAGAGAAAAGAGAUUUUUUGGGCGAUGUCAAAUGAAAUAAAGGCACCUCAGAUGGACUUUUUAGCAACUGAUGAGAUUUUAACUAAAUUGGUUUAAGGUAUGUGGAAAUAGUUGGCUAGAUGGAUGUUGGUUUAAAAAUAUAAAAUCUAGGCAGAGAGAAAGUCCCGCCCCCAUUUGAAGCUAGCAUCUGCUCCACUAGAUCUAAAGGGUUGUCUAAAUUAACACACUUAUUUAUUUGGACCAAGAUAAUAACUACUUAUAUACACUUUAUAUAGUCUUACAUUUUCUUAGGAGAUGUAGUUGUUUAUCUUAACCCUGUUGUAUCUUUGCUCAAUUGAAAAAACUUAAAACUUUUACUCCUCAAUUGUCACAUAAUACAUUCAAGUUUCUUAAAAUAUUGACAGUUACCCAUAGGGACAGGUGUUAGUUGUUCAUAAAAACUAAUGCUAGUAGCACAGGCAAUUUUAAAAAUGGGCGGGGCUUCAGCUCAGAGAGGAUGUCCCGCCCCCUUUUGAAGCUAGUUUCUGCUCCAAUAGAAGUAGCCUAUAUUUACCGGUAUAUAUCAAUGUUUCUUAAAAUAUAGAUACAUAACGAUAGGAACAGGUGGUCAGAGAAACUGAAUGAGCAAUAAAGCUAAUGCUAAUAGCACAAAUGCUAUUACAAAAAUGGGCAGGGCUUCAGCUCAGAGAGGAAGUCCCGCCCUCAUUUAUAGCUAGCUUCUUCUCCUCUAGAUUCUACGAGAAAAUGUAAGUAUAUAUACCAGUAUGUAUUAUUGUUUCUUAAAAUCUAGAUACAUAACAAUAGGAACAGGUGGUCAGAGAAACUGAAUAAAGAUAUCUCUCUGAGCUAAAAAGCUAAUGCUAGUAGCACAGACGCUAACCUGAAAUGGGCAGGGCUCCAGCUCAGAGGGGAAGUCCCGCCCCCAUUUAUAGCUAGCUUCUUCUCCUCUAGAUUCUACGAGAAAAUGUAAGUUUAUAUACCAGUAUGUAUUUUCGUUUCUUAAAAUAUAGAUACUUAACGACAGGAACAUGUGUUCAGAGAAAUGCUAGUAGCACAGAUGCUAACCUAAAAUGGGCGGGGCUUCAUCUCUUUGUUUAAACACUAGAAAGCUUCUCACCAGUCGUAGUCCCAAACAAACUGUGCUGCUCGUAGGGUUUCCCAACAAAGGAAAAUACAGAAUGUUUCCAGGAGUUAAUACCCAUAAUUCAUUGCACUUCCUCUUUACAAGAAGAUAUCAGCAUUUUGUCUUUCGUCUCGUGGCAACAGGGUUUUUGUUUGUCCUCAUGGGACCUAUGUUCAGUUACUCAUAUUCUGUUUUUAUCUUCGUCAUACAGUGCAGUUAUAUUAGCUGAUUCAGCAUUUUUUUACAUGUUAAAAAUGCAUAUUGACCUUAUUAUUAUCAUAUACUGUUAUCAUUGUAAUGGGGAGUUUAACCCCAGUAAGAAGUUUGUGUUUCUGCACUGAUAUCUUAUUAUUAAAGCAUACUGAUCUUUCCCUUCGA